AUGUACGUGGUGAAGAGGGACGGUCGCCAGGAAGCGGUGCACUUCGAUAAGAUCACCGCCAGGCUCAAGAAACUGAGCUACGGGCUUAGCCAGGAGCACUGCGAUCCGGUCCUGGUGGCUCAGAAGGUGUGCGCAGGCGUGUACAAGGGCGUGACCACCAGUCAGCUUGAUGAACUCGCCGCUGAGACCGCCGCUGCUAUGACGGCCAACCACCCGGACUAUGCUGUGGUGAGGUUCUCAGCAUUUUUCCCCUUUUCUUUCUGUGCAUAGUUUACGAAUAUUUUGGUUUCUUUCUUUCAUUAGAGGAUUCACGCUCUCUCUCCUUCCUCUGUAUACUAUAUUUUUUUCCUUCUUGUCGUGAUGGUCAGCUCGCGGCGAGAAUCGCAGUUUCAAAUCUGCACAAAAACACCAAGAAGUCAUUCUCUGAGACGUACGCCUCCGAUCCUUCAUUUAUCAUCUAUGUUUCUUGCAUUGUAGUACAUAUUGUUUCUCUGUUAAUUUUCAUGGGACGAUCUUUUUGGCUGAAUGGAUAGUGUUGUGGUACAGGAUUAAGGAAAUGCACAGUCACUUCAAUGAGAGAUCUGGGCUCUCGGCUCCUUUGGUGGCUGACGAUGUUUUUGAAAUAAUCCUGAAGGUGACAGUUUUAACUUUAGAGAAAGUUUGUGGGCUCUGUUUCUUCCAAGUUGUCUAGAUAUUCAUGUUUUCAAAAUUUUCAGUGUUUACUUAUAUUCGCCCUUUUUACUGUUCUGGUCAAAACUAUGUAAAUCUAUGAUCAUUGAAUUCUCAAGAGUUUUGAGAACCUGCAUUUUUGGCGGAAGAGCUGGAACAAGAUAGCACUGCUUCAUCAUCUCAUUAGGAACGAAAGAAACGAUUGCACUGAUUUCAAUCUUUCUUUAACCCUUCCCUUCCCGCCUAUCCUCUUCUAUCUCAUUCAACUAAUUUGGAACUGCUUGAGUUAGUAGAUGAAAGGAGUGACUACUGAUGGAGACUAAGAUUUCCAUAAACUGUCCCCCCCCCCCAAUAUGUCCAUAAUGUAUAUUGUAUUUUUCCAGUGGAUGUGUUGGAUAGUUCGUCACUUGUUCUUCAUGCAUUGAUUUCUUCUUUGAGUAGAUUUAUUAAGAUUCGACUUUUCGGUAAAAUUCGUUGCCGCCGUUUUAAUCAAUGCUGAUUUAAAUAGUUCGAUUAUUUGUUUGACCGUCUCUCGGAAGGACUUCGAUUUCUUUCCCGAAAGAGUCAAAAUUAUGUGCCUUUCAUGCAUUCUAGUUCCGUGAAAGUGAGCUGUGUUGGUCAGGAAAUGUCGUAUUGCCAGAUCGAUAUUUGUUCUUUAGAUCUAGUUUUUCAUCAUUUUGACAAUAGUUGUAUGUUUGGACUAAGUUAACUUACUUUUUUGGUUUUCAGAAUGCCGAUCUUUUGGACAGCGAGAUAAUUUACGACCGAGAUUUUGACUAUGAUUACUUUGGCUUUAAAACCCUGGAGAGGUCCUAUCUCAUGAAAGUUUCUGGCAAGGUGAUUGAAAGGCCACAGCACAUGCUGAUGAGGGUAUCAGUUGGAAUCCACAAGGACGAUAUUGCCUCUGUUCUCAGAACGUAUCAUUUGAUGUCUCAACGCUGGUUCACUCAUGCUUCUCCCACAUUAUUCAAUGCUGGCACCCCCAGGCCUCAGGUUUUCCUCAUGUUUUUGACAUUGCAAAUAUUGACGGUUUCAAACUAUUAUCUUCAUACAUUUCUUAGUGGUUUCUAUUGGCACUCUUUCAGUUGAGCAGCUGCUUCCUUAUUUGCAUGAAAGAUGAUAGCAUUGAGGGAAUCUAUGACACAUUGAAGGAAUGCGCUGUCAUAAGCAAAUCUGCUGGAGGAAUUGGUGUUUCUGUUCAUAAUAUUCGAGCAACUGGCAGUUAUAUUCGUGGGACAAACGGUACGUCUAAUGGCAUUGUUCCAAUGUUGCGGGUCUUCAAUGACACUGCCCGGUAUGUUGAUCAAGGUGGAGGGAAAAGAAAAGGUGAGCUUAUUACAGCUUAAUUUUUCUGGUGUCAUAUAUUUUGGCGGAUAUGAAAACCAUGGUAUUUAAUAAUCUUUCCUCCCUUUAGGUGCGUUCGCUGUUUAUUUAGAGCCAUGGCAUGCGGAUAUUUUCGAAUUUCUGGAUCUUAGAAAGAACCAUGGAAAGGUACGAUUAUAUUAGUGUCUACGUUUAUUUUUCUCCACGCCUUCUACGGAUUUUCCAUACUUUAGUCUCUUAACCCGUCAAAUGUGAUCGAAUUUUAUUUGAAUAUCUAGGAAGAGCAUAGGGCAAGAGAUCUAUUUUAUGCGCUGUGGGUCCCCGACCUGUUCAUGGAGAGAGUUCAAAGUUAUGGCCAGUGGUCCUUGUUUUGCCCUAAUGAGGCCCCUGGAUUGGCAGAUUGUUGGGGCGACGAAUUCGAAAAAUUGUACACCAAAUACGAAAAGGAGGUCAGUUGUCUCGCCGGUCCAAUUGUUGAAUAACAUUCCAAGCAUAGGUCGACAAUUUUGUUCUUCUUGUUUUUCAGGGCAAGGCCAAGAAAGUUGUUCCAGCACAGAAUCUCUGGUUCGAGAUUUUGAAGUCUCAGAUAGAAACUGGAACACCUUACAUGCUCUUCAAAGUCAGUUUAUAAUACCAAGGACUUUAGUUGGAUCAUACGAGUAGCCAUUAAUGUCUCAUUACUGCCACUUUUGUAUCCAUCCUUGUAAUUGUAUCUGUUUUCAGGACUCCUGCAACAGGAAAAGCAACCAGCAGAAUCUUGGGACAAUCAAGUCUUCAAAUCUAUGCACAGAGAUUAUCGAAUACACCAGUCCUGAGGAGACUGCCGUGUGCAAUCUCGCCUCGAUCGCCUUGCCCAGAUUCGUUCGGGAGAAGGUGCGGCCUUUUUCUCACAUUUGCCUUGAGCUUAAUAUCAAUGAAACUAUCCUCCUUACCUUCCCCGCAUGCUCCGCUCCCCUGCAGGGCAUUCCCAUUGAAUCUCACCCGUCCAAGUUGGUCGGCAGCAGAGGAUCUAAGAACAGAUUCUUCGACUUCGACAAGCUCGCAGAGGUCUGUCUCGUCUCAACCAUUUGAAAUUCCCCACACUGACUCUUCAACUACGAUCUCCAUGCGCUGACAAUUACUCUAUAUCGGGUAGGUUACUUCGAUAGUCACAGAGAAUCUCAACAAGAUCAUCGAUGUCAACUUCUACCCGGUUGAGACGGCGAAGCGGUCGAAUCUUCGGCACAGGCCGAUCGGCAUAGGCGUACAAGGCCUCGCAGACACCUUCAUCCUCCUCGGCAUGGCCUUUGACUCGCCAGAGGUAAUCCGCCAAGUCUGCAGAUUAUUCUAUUCCCUCGCACUUGAUGACAUCUGGAAUUCAUACAAUAAAUAAAUAAAUAAAUAAGUAAUUUCUUAUCGAAGAUCUUGGAUUUCUACAGGCCCGGAAGCUGAACAGCGAAAUAUUCGAGACCAUCUACUACCACGCACUGAAGGCUUCCUCUGAGAUCGCCCAGAGAGAAGGCACUUACGAGUCCUACAACGGCAGCCCUGUGAGCAAGGUCUGCAGCAUGACUGAUUUGCACCGUCGAAAAGUAUCUCUUUCUUUCUCUGUCGAAAAAGAUCAUAAAAUUUGUCCUAGAACGGAAAAAAGUAGUCAAUUGCUCAAUAGUGUUUCACAAGUUAUUACAUCGUGUCUAGUUUUUGGGAGUAUUAGUGCGUUGUUAUGCCUAGAUAUUUGAUCAAUUAUGUCCACUACUAAAUGCGCUGGUUCUUCCUGCAGGGAAUUCUCCAACCGGACAUGUGGGAGGUGACCCCAUCCGAUCGCUGGAACUGGGCAUCUCUGAGGGAGAUGAUCGCCAAGAACGGCGUGAGGAACUCCCUCCUGGUGGCGCCCAUGCCCACCGCCUCCACCAGCCAGAUUCUCGGCAACAACGAGUGCUUCGAGCCCUACACCUCCAACAUCUACAGCCGCAGGGUCCUCAGGUACUUCUCCUCCUCCAUCUUCAAAAACCGUAGCCUCCAUCUCCAAUAACGACAACAUCAUCUCUCUCUCUCUCUCUCUCUCUCUCUCUCUCUCUCUCUCUCUUCUCGCAGCGGAGAGUUCGUCGUCGUGAACAAGCACCUCCUCCACGACCUGACGGAGAUGGGCAUCUGGUCCCCCGGCGUCAAGAACAAGAUCAUCUACGAGGACGGCUCCGUCCUCAACAUCCCCGAAGUCCCCGACCACCUCAAGGCCAUCUACAAGUACUCUCUUCCUUCCCUUCCCUUCCCUUCCCUUUCCUUUCCUUUUCCUCCCUUUUCCUUUCUGUCUGAAUGGUGGAGUUCCUCUGUCGACGCUCGCUGCUCAGGACGGUGUGGGAGAUCAAGCAGAGGACGCUCGUGGACAUGGCGGUGGACCGCGGCUGCUUCAUCGACCAGUCGCAGAGCCUGAACAUCCACAUGGACCAGCCUAACUUCGGCAAGCUUACCUCCCUUCACUUCUACGCCUGGACCAAGGUCGAACUCUCUCUCUCACACUCUCUCUCUCUCUCUCUCUCUAACCAGCUUCCUGGUUGUUGUUGUUGUUGCAGGGGUUGAAGACGGGGAUGUACUACCUGAGGUCAAGGGCGGCGGCGGACGCCAUCAAGUUCACCGUCGACACCUCCUUCCUGCAGGUGGGUGGGCUCUCUCUCCCUCUCUCACACACACACACACACUCUCUCUCACCUCGCUCCUACCUAAACUGAUUAUCUCUGUGGGUGGUGGGUGGCUCUCUCUCUCGCUCUCUGCACAGAGUAAGGGGGCGGCGGAGGUGGUGGCGGCGCCGGAGGACUUGGAGGUGAAGAUGGCCCAGGUCGUCUGCUCCCUAGAGAACAGGGAGGACUGCAUGGCCUGCGGCAGCUAG